AUGACCCCAACAAUGUACUCAAAGGAGAUGUUACAAUCAACUGAGGAACGCCUGGCCAACACCAUGAAGAUGUACCCACCGCGGAUACUGGAACAGCUGGACAUGACCUACACGUCUUUUCAUAAAUUUUCCUUGAUUGAAGUGGAUCAGGCACUUUUCCAACCGUAUCCCACUAAGCUUGUCUUCCAAAACUUCACUCAAGGGGAGAUGUACAAGUUACCUCUGCAGCUUUUUAAUAGGGACAAGGUCUCGAGAUAUGUGAAGUUGGAACUUCAGGAGUCAGAGUACUUUCAUGUUGUUGGUCCAGAGGAUACAAGUGGCAAAGUUGCACCAGGAUUGUCUGCAAGUUACACAGUUUUAUUCACGCCAAAGGACAACAAGGACUAUCAACAUUGCCUGGUUUGCGUCACUGAGAGGGAGCGCUUCGAGAUCCCAAUUGUUGCUAUAGGGCCCCGUGCCAUCCUAGACUUUCGUGAUGAGUUUCUUUUACCUGUCUGCCCUGUGAAAGCAACCACAGAGAAAACUCAGCUUGUGCGCAACACUGGAAACAGCAAAGCCAACUUCAAGCUACACACCAAAGAGCCUUUCUCUGUGAUGCCUUCCUCCGGCAGUUUAGAUGUGGGAGAAAGUGUGCAGGUGACUGUAAUGUUUAGCCCCAUGACCGUUGGUGACCACAGACAGGACCUACUGCUGUACUACCACACUGGUGAAGUUGUUUAUAUCAGUUUAUGUGGAGCUUGUGAAGAACUGGACAUCCAACUUGGGUCUGACCUGGUUCUGCUGGACAAGACUUACAUAUCUUUGUCCAGCGUGCACACAGUGACCCUCACAAACACCAGCGACAUCCCACUGCAGUACUUUUGGACUACACAGCCCAGCCACAGUGAGCAGGAGAAGGAGAAGCCCAGGGGCGCCCUGCUCUACCCAAGGGAGCAGCAGGAGGGCUUUCAGAGUGAGUUCAACACUGCAGCCAUCCAUCGCUCUGGGCCUCUGUCCACCGCAGCACCGGACCCUGUUUUUGACCUUUCAAAUGAAGGUGCCAUUACUCUGGAACCGAUGGCAGGUGAAAUAUGGCCAAAUGUUACAGAAGAGUUCAGCAUCAUCUUCAAGCCAGCAGCAGCCACUAUUUACCAGCAGACCCUAUAUUGUGAUAUUACAGGUUGUGAGUCUCCGUUAUGCCUAACAGUAAAAGGUGAAGGUCUGGGACCAAAGCUUGAACUCAGUUACAAUGUAAUGGACAUGAAAAAUAUAUGUAUUGGUGACAAAGAUUGGUAUGAGGUGACAUUAACCAACAAAGGUCUGAUUGAUGCCCCUUUCAAGAUGUCCAGCCCCAACACCGCUUUUGGCCAGUUUUUUUCUUUUAGUCCAGUUGAAGAUGUUGUUCCUCCUGGGGCCUGCCAGACAGUUAAAGUCACCUUCUCCAGUUCAGUCUUGGGAACUUUUUCAGAGGACUUGCUACUUAUAGUGAAGGGACAGCCUCGUCCUCAAACCUUGAGUUUCAGGGGUUGUGUCAAUGGUCCGAUCUUUGAUUUUGAUGUGACAGAGCUCAAUUUUGGAGAUGUAGCAUUUGGGUUUCCUCAAACUGCUAUUUGCACACUUUUCAACAGGUCAUUUGUGCCAAUGACGUUUUCCCUGCGUGUGCUGGGGGAUGGAUUAGGGCCACCCAGCGUGUCUUGUGUUCAACAGGUGAAUGACAAGUCCAGAAGCCAGUGGCAGAGUUGUACAGCUAAAGACAGUCAAGUGAGGCCGAAAGAAUUCACUGUCAGUCCUGAGGCAGACUGUGUUCCAGUCAUGUCAGAAGUCACCAUAAAGGUAACACUGUGCUCCAAUACGAUCAAACGAUAUAAGCUGGCACUGGCUGUAGACGUGGAGGGAGUUGGGAAUGAGAUCAGGAUGUUGCCACUUAAUGCCAGGUGUGUUGUGCCUUACCUUGAGGUAAACACCCCACUUUUGGACUACAAAAGUUGUUUCCUCAGUCUCCCUUAUGAACAAAAAGUACAUUUGGUUAACACAAGUUCUCUACCUGCCUGUUAUGGUGUUUUAGACCAGGAGUUGGAAGGGAAUCCAUCAAUACGUUUUAAGAGUCUCAUACCCAGAGGUGUCAUUUUACCCCACAGUUCAGAGGAUCUUCCUGUAUGUGUCAUUGCAAAAGCUGUGGGAAAAUUGCAUUGCAACAUGCGUAUCGCUGUGUUUGGCAGUACCCAGCUACCCCUGGAUGUUGUGUUGUCCUGUAUUGGGCAGGGACCAAUAGUUCUUGUUCAAACUACACACCUGGACUUUGGCAGAAUCCCAGUAUUAAAAGACAUCUCAAAAUCAGUGUACCUUCUAAAUCAGUCACCUAUUCCAGCAUGUUUUUCUGUGUGUAUGAGGCAGAGAAAGUCCUUUUGGCGUGUGGAACCCAAAGAGGGGGAGGUGCCAGCUGAGGGCCGGCUGGAGCUCCAGGUUGUGGCACAUCUAAAGGACACACUUCAUUUUGAAGAUGAAGUGGAAGUGUGUGUCCAGGACUGUGGCAUACUCACUUUCUCAGUGUCUGGAAGAGGUUCUGGCACCACUAUUGUCAGUGAUAAGGCGUUUGCCCCAAGCCUCGAUCUAGGGACACACUUUAGUCAUGGGUUAUACCAGUACCACUUCAAACUGACCAACCUUGGUUUGAGGACCCACCGUAUGUAUUGGCGAACUUCUGGCUUUUUGAAUAAACGUCAGAGGGUAAAUAAAUCAGGGAGUCAAACCUCACUCCCCCCCAUCUUUCCUCCCAAGACAAAGAUUCUCCUCCCCCAUCAACGCUCCUUGGGGUCCCCUGGAGUAGAGAGGCCAGUGUUUAGCCUAAACCCUUCCCGCGUGGAACUCUUCCCUGGUCAGUCAGUGGACAUGAUUUUAACAGGAUCGUGUUAUGCUCCCAAGACAGUGCAUGAACGUCUAGUGUGCCACAGCAUUGUGGGUAAUACUGGCUCCUGUGACAGCAUCAUGACUGUAGAUGUCACUUGUUGCUUUGUAGCCCCUAUGCUCAGUAUUUAUCCCAAGCACUUACAUUUCAACAUAGAGAAGGUCCCAGGAAAGAGCAUCUCACCACAAUAUAGAAGGCUGUUCCUAAAGAAUAUUUCAACUCUCACUUUAUUCAUGGAUCUUCAAACUGUUGAGCCAUUUUCCCUGUCCCAUGCACAAGCUUUCCAGAGCUCUGCUACUACAAUGAUGAUGGCUCUCGAUGAGGGAAAAAACACUGAGUUGUGGGUAUGCCUUAAUCCUGGCUUCUGUGAGGAUCGAAUGUCACGAGUGCUUCAUGAGUUCCUUGAGAUAAAUUACCAAGGACAUCCCCAGCAGGAUAUUGUAAAGCUGCAUGGAGAGAUCCACUUCCCUAAUCUGCUCCUUUCAAGCACAUCCGUGGACUUCGGCUGUGUGCUUAACUCCACUGAAACUCAGAGAGAAAUCACAAUAACCAACUGCUCACCACUGCCUGUGAUGUACCAUUGGACAUUUCUGGACCAAAAGCCCAGUGGUCUUAGUCCUGUAUCUAUUGACAAGGAGCAAAGAAGUACUUACUGCCCAGUCAAGGUGGAGGAGAUGUUUGAUGUGUUGCCAAUUUAUGGCUGUCUGCAACCUGGAGAGCAGCAGGUAACCGCCAUCUCUUUCUAUGGCCAUGAUUAUGUGAGCAGAGAAGUGGUUGCCCAGUGCCAUGUUGAGGAUGGACCUGUGUAUGAAGUCACACUCAAAGGAGAAGCCUCACAAGUCUCUUUCAGUCUGGACUACACCAGUGUCGACUUUGGCCAGAAGCUGUUUGAUCAUGUGGCUGAAGCUGAAGUAAUAUUGAAGAAUGCUGGAAAAGUGGGCUUUAAUUUUAAGAUUUCGAGUGUUGAACAAAAUGAGAACACAAAUCAUCUCUCUGAAAACACACUGGAUAUUCAUUCAAGUCAUAAAAACAUAAAACAAAGUGAUGAAGACAUUGAGGUAAUACCUGGCCAGCCUUUGGUUUUGCCCUCUAAGGGUUACGCUGAAGCUGGCACAGCAACAUUCCUGCGUGUACUCUACCUCCCUGGUGUCCCUGAGAAGUUUGAGAAGAGACUUCUACUGCAGGUGGCCUGUUUACCACCGCAGGAAAUCACGGUGAUCGGGGAGGGAGUUUUUCCACGAGUCAUCCUGAAUUUGCCACGGAACUUUUCACAAGACUGUUAUAGUAAUCUGGUCGAGCAAGCUAAAGAGACUUUAAAGACUAAAGGACACCUUGAGGGCUUUAUCAAUGAAAGCAGCACUGAGGGUGAAAAAGAGGCCAGCUAUACCCCAACAAAUGAGGAGCUGCUUGAAAUGGAAAUGGAAAGAAUCAUAGUUAAAGAAAAUGCUCUAUCUGUGACCAUUAGCUGUCUGGAGUUUAGAAAACAACAAGGGCUCAUGAGAAGAUGGAGCAGACUCAGCAAGUGUCUGCUCCCAGAGUAUAUUUUGGAUUUUGGUUCAGUCAUCCUUGGCAGAACACCUAGCCAAACUGUGAAUAUCAUUAACAAUGGACCAGUGACUGUCUCACUAACUGCUAAUCACAAGGUUCUGGUUGGCACAGGUUUUAGUAUUGAGUUUGAAAAAGUCAAGAAUCUGCCCUGUGGAGAGACUCAUAUCUUUACUGUAACGUUUGACCCCCAAGAAGCUAAACUUCCCCUGGGCAGUGUGUGUGUUGUCCUGCCAAUACAGGUCAGGGGUGGUCCCACUGUCCAGGUGCAUCUAUGUGCAGUGGUAACUAAGCCGGACAUCACAGUUUCAACAGAAAAACUGGAAUUUGACAGUAUCCCUUGUGGCAUGUGCCAGAUGAAGACAGUGCAGCUCUUCAAUCAUGAGUCGGUGCCCUGUAAAUGGAGUAUAGCUGAGGAGGCGAAGCUGAAGAAGGUAAAUAAGUUCCUUCCUUUCUACAAACAAAAGCAACCACCUCCUCCAGUGGUGUUCAGCAUGCUUCCCAACUCUGGGGUGCUGUCUCCAGGUGAAAGGGUCAAUGUUCAGGUCAAGUUCACUCCAUUAGAAGAGGAGUUUUACAACAAAAACCUUGUGGUCAGUGUGGCUGAAAGCAACCAGAAAGUAUUGAUCAUAGCACAGGGUGAGGGUGAAGAGCCACAACUGGACUUCUGGCCACCUAUGCUGCAGCUCGGACCGUGUCUGCCUUUUAGCACCGAGGUGGAGGCUGAGGUUACAGUCAAAAAUCCGUGUUCCUUUCCCAUUGAGUUUUACUGCCUGGAGCUGGACAAACAAUAUCUUGAAGAAGAAAAGAUACUGCUUGUGAUGCAGGGUUAUGACGAGAACAACAGAUUGCUGCUUCCUCCAAGGAUCCCCGGAGAAGGACUUCCUCAAGAUCUGUUAGAGUUCUACCAACACUACUCUCACCCAACCGACAAUGUGCUUUCAGAAAUGAACAGGGAGGGCUUACGUAAAGAACUAGGUCAACUGCUCUUGGAUCCAGUCUCCAGAGCCAUUGCCCGCCACAUGGGUGUUGACCUGUCUCCAGACAGUCUGGCUGCACUCAACCGCAGGGGCAUCGCCAUUAUUGUGUAUGGAGCCCCAAAGACAGGUUUAAGCAGCACAGCACUGUCUCUGGCCCGGUAUUAUGGAGCGACAUUACUUAGUAUUGAUGCUGUGGUGACUGAGGCAUUGUUAGAGGGGACUUCACCAGCCAGAAAGCUCCUUGAACAGGCUGCUACAGAGUACUCAAAAACUGUGGGGGAAACAUUGCCUGAGGUCCUGGAGAAGACUUCAAGCUCUUCUUACAAUGGAGAACCAACUGACAGUGAAGCCACUCAAAUUGCUCUUUUCUUGGGAGGAGACAUGACGUCACUCAAAACUCUUCUGCCUGAACAUGUGCUAAUUGACAUCUUAACUGAAAGAUUUCAUUCAAGUGACUGUCAUCGUGGCAUAGUGAUCAAUGGACUGCAGUCUGCUUUCACUGCAACAAUAGCACACACACUGCAAAUUGUCCUCAAAGCCCUCAACAACAGGAAACACAUCUAUGUUGUUAACAUAUUUGAUUCCUAUUCUGCAUUGCAGAGCAGAGAGAAAGCACAAAAAGAUGCUAAGGAAGCCCAGCAGCAGGAGAUGGCUGAAAAUGAAAAACUGUGGCUGCAAGAGUUGGAUGAGGAUGAGUAUGAGGCUUUACCAGAGGAGAAGAAACGCAUUAUUGAGCAACACAGACAGAGGCUGACAAAAGACCAAAUAAGACUAGCUAAAGAACAAGAGCAGCAGCGACAGCAGGAAGACUUGAAACGGCUCAAAGAGGAGGAGUUGAAGAAAAAUAACAAAAAAGCCCCAAAGAAGGAAAUCCAGAAGGAGCCCCCAAAAAAGAAGGAAAUAAAAAUGUCCAAUGAAAAACUGACUCGGAACUCUAGAGAGACUCUGAGUGAAGCCAAAGACCUGAACAUUACUAGAGAAGGCCAAAGCGACUCACUGAUUAGCAAAGACCAUAAUGAUCAUCAAACAGAAGAAGCAAAGGCAUUAGGAACAGAAACUCCUGCAAAUACUGAAAAGCUGGACAUAUACAAGUCCACAGUGAAUGAGUUGCAGGUUGAGUUCCAUGCAUAUGAGCAAAGUCAGGUGCAGGUGGAGCAUAUUCUGCAACACUGGGACCGAGUCCAUGGAAUCCUGCUGGUGCCAGUCCCCGGGGAAGACAUACUAGGUUCAGAAGAGGUCACACCUGAAAAAACUACCCCAGUUGGAAAAGGCAAGGGAAAAAAAGCCAAUCUUAAAGGUCCAAAAUACAGUCAGAUUGAAAUUCUUGAAGAAAAGUUGAGUCCAGCUGAUACCAUCCCACAUCUUGUUAUAAAUCUGAUGGAACAAGACCUCAGUAAAGACCUACCUUCAGCAGAAGAGGUCUUAGAUGAACUGGGCUUGGGGCCAAGUGGUCCACCCAUCCCCCCUCCUGUUACAUUUUCUUUGGUUCCAUUUCCCAAAAGCAGAACUUUGGGUCAAUUGAAUGAGUGCUUCACAUUCCUCGUUCCCUCUGACCAAGAUGAGCAAAGUGAUGAGCAAAAAGUGGAGGAGGAGGAUUUACCAAUUGCAUCACCUAAGGCACCAACUAAAGGGCGGGGCAGGAGUGCCAUCAAGGAGAUCCAGUCACCAUGGGACAAGGAUAAAAAGACCAAAGAGUCACAGAAGGGCAAGAGAAAAACCUCAGCAAAAACAAAACCCACAGAGCCAUCUCGCAGCCAUUCACAUCUAUCUCUCACCUCACUGACCAAUGAAGACCAUCUGAACAAGUUCCGCUGGAUUGCACCUGCUAAUGGAGAAGUCAUCUUGAGGAUCUGGUUCUAUUCAGAAACUCCAGGGAUUUUUGAGCAGCAAUUUAACUUUGAAAUGACGGGGACUCAAACACAGUGGCAGCUUCUUUGUAAAGGAACUUGUUCAUAUCCUUCCAUCAGCAAAGACUACAUGACUCUCUUUGCAUACAGUAAGAAGGCACAAAAUGAAGAAGCCGACCUCCACAAAACAUAUAUUGUUAAUCCUGGGUAUUUUGAAUUUGGACCCUUGAUCUGCAGCAAAACAAGAGAUAGAUACAAAGAAAACAAGUACCCAGACAAUACAGAAAGGCUUGUCAUCCAUAACACAUCAGGAAUAGAGGCUGAAAUUCAGUUCAGCUUCCAAAAUGACACCCAGGCCACAACCUAUCUGCUCGAGCCUCCAGCUAUGACUCUGAAACCAAAUGAGAAGCAGGAAUUGAUGAUAUGGGCCUAUCCAACGAAAGUGGGACAAAUAAAGGAUAGUAUUGUGUGCCAUAUUAAAGAUAAUCCUAAACCUCUGGUUAUCAAUGUUUCUUGUUGGGGGGUUCGGCCAGAGUUAGAGCUUGAUACCAAAACCCUGCCCUUUGAAAAAACUGUAAUACACAGGCGUGUGAGUCGCACCGUGAACCUGUACAACAAGACAGCUGUCCAUGUGUCCUGGAAGCUGCAGGGGAUAGAUGACCUGGGGGAUUUCAGUGUGCCACAAGAUCAGGGCAUUGUUCCGCCUCGGUCGACUUUUCCUUUAACUUUGCACUUUAGAGCCAAAAAGCCGUCACACAUUAAGAAGACCCUUCGCAUAGAGGUUUCAGAUGUGGAGAAAAUUUUGGGCAUUGUCCAUACUGAGAAUAUUUCAGUCUCAGCUGAGGCCUAUGAUGUAUCAAUAAAUAUAGAACCUGGUUGUUUGGAUUUUGGAACUAUUAAAGUCUUUGACGAAGCCAAGCCAACUCUCAGGAUACGAAACCAUGGAAAAUAUGAAAUAGCUUAUAAGUUUACACUUGAGAAGACACACCCAAAUCAACCAAAUCUAGAUUCCCUUUUCGUAAUUUCACCUCAAAGUGGUAAAGUUAUGCCUCAUGACAAGUCAGCAACUGUUCAGAUCAUCUGCAAGCCAAAAACUGAACUCUGCAUCAGAGAGCAACCAAUACUCCUUUGUCACAUUAUUGAACCUAAUAUUGGAGAAAACGGUGAAAUCAUCGUCACUUUAGUAACCAAGGUUUCAAUUCAAGCAGUCUUCUCCAGGUACAAAAUUUCUCCAGCGUGUGACAUUAACUUUGGUCCCCUGGUGUUUGGUGGUAAAAAAACCCAGUCUUUUAUUAUUGAGAACACUGGAGUGUUUGAGACACGCUUUUCAAUCCACCCCAAGAUCACAAGUUCCCUUGAGAGGUCACGGACUAAGAAGCCUCUGCUGGACUUCCCAAACAGACUCAGUAUUCCUGGGAGCAAAGUGAAACCUGAGGGUAUGCAAAAAGACAUGAGCACAACACAGACCCGGCUGAUGGUAGGGGUGUUCUCCGUGUACCCCUGCACUGGAGUGGUGUUGCCUGGCUGUCAGCAGGUGGUCACAGUUGACUGCAGCGGUGAUCAGCUGGGCAGCUGGGACCAGGGGUUAAUCUUAGAUAUAUGUGACCGUGAUCCCUCAGACCAUCCUGAUGGUAUACCAUAUAUACUACUGGCUGAAAUAUACAAGACAGGCAUUGUAUUAGACCCGAGCUCCAUCUUUGAAGAGCACUUUUUGUGUAAUAACAGCCAUCAGCUAUCUUCUGAGCAGUUUGCCAGUGCUAAGAGCCUUUAUGUCAUAGAAGAAAACAAGUUCAUUUUCAAUAAAGUUCAAGUGGGACAGACGGCGAAAGCACGCUUUAAACUUACAAAUAACACCAAAGUGCCUUGCAAUCUCAACUUUGCUAUUAGAUAUAUUGGCCCAAAGAUGGAGAAGACGGCACUUCAUGAGGAGAUCUUUAAUUUAUCUCCUACAACUCUGUCUAUACCUGGCCAGUCACACUGUUUUGCUGAGGUCACCUUUGCUCCGCUUGUGAUGACGACUUACCAUGGGGUGUUUGAGGUCUUUGUUGAUGGAGUCAAUAGAAUGACACCCACAAAUAAAAACAAGAUGCUGGAGUUUUAUAUACUCGGUGAAGGAACUCUGCCAAGUGUGUGUGUGAUUCAUCCUACCCUUAAGGACAGUUCUGGUGUCCCAUUGCUGCAGUUUAGACGUUCUUUGAUAGGACAAAAGAAAACACAAUCAAUUGUACUGCUAAAUGAUGGAAAUGCCCCGGCUCAAGUUCAGAUUGACAUGCCUGACAAAGAUGGAGUGUUUACCCUCAGUGCAGCGCCAGGCAACAACUGCAGUUCUAUUAGCACCGUAAUUCUUGAGAGCAGCUCUGACCAAGAACCUCAGUCUGCAUAUAGAGUCAACACCCAACUAAAUGUCAAGGAGAAAGUAGAGUUUAAAGUCAGCUUUUGUUCCAAAAAGGCCCAAAAAUAUCAUACCAAGGUGUAUUUAGAAGAUUGUCAAUACAACAACACCACAAUAUCUGUUAGUGGAGAGGCCUACCAAGAAAUUGUCAGAUUGGAGAAUAUCAGACAAUCCUUAAUUGAAACAGGUCCAAUUGCUGAUGGAAAUUAUGAAGUUCUGGAUUUUGGUGACUGCUAUGUAGAUGUGACAUACCAAGAAAGUUUUACUAUGGUCAACCACAGCAAAGACCAAGUGCUGCGCUUUGAAUGGCCUCCUGCUGGACCCCAAGUCAGCUUUUCUCCACAGGUGGGCCAUCUUCACGCUGGAUGCUCUAAAGAGGUGGUUGUCUCAUUUUGCUCCAGCCAGCCCAUCAGUUUGAGCAGUAAGCCAAUGAAAUGCAAAGUGACUCAGGUGGCAUUCAAAGAGCCUCUGGAGCAAGUCUUGGACUGGGAUGAUCGGCAAAAGACACUUCACUGGACGAGUGCCGAUAAGCCAAACGAUAAAGCAGCUUCUGCCGCACCAUCCCCACAACCUGCCAAUAACAAGCCCAGCUGCUCUGUGGUAGAUGGCUGGCAUUUGGACCUAGAAUUGCGCAUCAAUGCAGUUUGUGACUAUGCCAAGUUUAGCUGCAGCACUCACACUAUAAACUUUAAAGACACUAUGCUGUAUCAAACCAGGCUUCAAAAAUUGCAGAUAUCUAAUGAGGGCAAUGUGGGGCUGGAAUUUUCAUGGAACAUUCAAAUAGAUCAUAAACAAACAGAUGACACGGUCAUCUCUCGUCCAAGCUCCCGUUCUUCAAAUGUUGUGGCUCGUCCUUCCAGUGCAGCUGAGAGUGUGGUGUCCCUUUUGAACAUUAACCCAGAGCUGGUCCCCUUCGCUGUGGAGCCCUGCAUAGGGACUAUUAAGCCCAGAGCCACACAAGAGUUUAACAUCCGCUUUUCUCCCUUGGAAGUCUCCCAAUUUGAAGGCAUGCUUCAAUGCUGUAUCCCUAACUUGCAGAAAAAGGACCAGUCUCCCUCUGUCUCAGUGUGCGGUCGCAGCAUGAUGCCCAAUUGCCACUUUGACCUUGAAGACUCAGACUACAUCAGUGGAAGACGUCGUAAUUCUGAGUUUAGAAGCCCUUUAGACCCUAAGACAAGAGUUGUUGAGUUCAUUGCUGUCGGUUUAUCUGCAUUAUCUACCAAGUGUUUCUUUGUGUUAAACCCAACAAACAAACCAUACGUAUUUAAGUGGAGAUGUGAGGAUUCUAUUGGAUGCUCAUUCCGAUGCCUCACUCCGAGUGGCAUUCUGCAGCCUAAGGAGAAAGCUGAGAUUCAUUUGGAGUACGUGUCUGAGCAGAUGGAUGUAGUGGAAUCGUCAUGGAGCUUUGUGAUUGACACUCUGUCAGUGUCUAUUCCAUUUCUGUUUGUGGGAACCACAAGAGCACCACUUGUCUAUCUUGAUAAAGCUCUGAUUAACUUUGGGGAUUUGCUUGUUGGAAAUAAGGCAGAGCAAAUAGUACAUUUAGUAAACGGAGAGGAGGAGGCUUUUCACUUCUCAGUGUUGCAGGCAUCUCUUCUGUGUGAAGAUCAGCUCUCCAGCCUCGUCAUCCAGCCCAUGAGUGGCUCACUAGGACCAAAAGAAAGGUGUCCAUUGUCUGUGUCUUUCACACCCAAUCGCCAAGGCUAUUUGAGCUUUAGGGUAUUUCUGAAAGUCAAAAGGAUGCUAGAGCCACUUGCCCUAACUGUUAAAGCUGACUGUUUUUCCAUGGGUACGCUGGUUCUAAUAGAAAACCCAAGUGGUGGUUUGAGAGAACUCAGACCUGACCACAUCGACAGCAUCGACUUUGAAAGGGUUGGGAUUUCAGAGCAAUCUUCUUUCCGGUUCCUGGUUUCCAACCUUGCAAAAUGUGAGCUGGACAUCACCUUUGACAUAGCAGGCCCCAGUGAGCUGUUGCAGCACUUAAAAGCUGAGCCAAAGCAUGCAACUGUGGAGGUUGGGAAGCAGCUGCAAUUGUCACUUUUCUUUUGUCCUCUGAGCAUUUGUAACCUUCGAGAUGUUAAGCUGAGUAUCAAGGUGAAGAAUGGAGCAACUUUUACUUUAGAAGUAAAAGGCAAAGGCACAGUGCCAAGCUUUGAAUUUUCUUUCACCAAACACAAUUUUGGAAAGUGCUUUGUACACAGUCCGGCGAUGCUCGCACCCACACAAACACUAGUAAUCAGAAAUAAAGACAAAAGGGACAUCAGUGUCCAAUGCCAGUUUAAGAAUUCUUCUUAUCUGGAGAUUGGUUUUAAACCCACAGUUCUGGCUUCAGGGGCGGACUUGAAAAUUCCCAUCAUAUUUUCUCCUCAAGAGGCUCGCCGCUACCAGGAAAAGCUGGACUUUAUCCUCAACAGCUGUGUCACCAGACAAGUGGAGAUUCUGGGACAGGGCAUAGAGAUCAAGCUGGAAGUAGAGAAUCCAAAACACAGAAAAAUCAAUUUUGGAUCGCUGACACUUGGAAAAAAAGUGAAAAAACGUGUUGUUUUGGUCAACCGCAGUUCUGUCAGCCUCUCUUUUUCUCUUCAUCUCAACUCUAACAUUCCACUGGACCCAAAGGAUCUGUCAGUGAUGCCGACUGGACAGCUUAACCUAAAAGCUGGUGAAUCGUGCGCUGCAGAGAUUCAGUUCUCUCCCCAAAAACACGUACCAAAGUUUACUGUGGAGCUGCAGGCUGAAACACUGGGCUUGUUACACCCCCUGCUGUCCAUUAAAGGGUCCUGCCAGGGUGUACAGGUUCACUUGGAUCAGAACCACAUUGCAUUUGGAGCUAUAGUCCAAAAUUGUAAAACCAGCAGAAAGAUUGUCAUGAUAAACACUGGUGAUAUUGGUGGGAAGUUUUGUUGGAAAACUGAGAAGUUUCCCCCUUCAUUGUCCAUUUCCCCAACUAAAGGCUCCAUUGGUCCGGGUAUGGAGGUUCCCUUUGAAGUGGUCUUUGCCCCAGUGCAGCUCAGCAACGACAGCAGAUUUGAGAAUCUGCCUUGUGUUGUGGAGGGUCGCAGCUCACCCCUAACCCUUACUGUUACUGGUUCCUGUGUAAUGGCCUCUACCAACAAAGAGGUGGUGAAUUUUAUUUGCCCAGUGCGCAGCUCUCACACCCAGAGUUUGUCUGUACAGAACCCUACAAACCAGAGCUGUACCAUCAGACCUGUGAUAGAGGGAGAGCAGUGGACAUGUGCACCAACCAUUGUGCUGGAACCUCUUCAGAAUAAGAUGUUUGAAAUCACAUACCAGCCCCUUAUUAUGACCACUGAGGGAAACAAGCACCAGGGUUCAGUGUUUUUCUCCUUCCUGGAUGGGACAGGCCUGCUCUACUUUCUCCAGGGCACAGCUGAGGCUCCAAAGGCUGAGGGCAUUAUUGUGCACGAGCUGCCAGCCAAAAGUCAUCACACGGAGCUACUCUCAGUGCACAACUGGCUUCUGAAACAACAAUGUUUCCGUGUUCUCUUGGAAAUUCUUAAGCCUGAUAAGCCUGAUGCUACAGUCUCCCUCAGUGGUUUGCAGUUCAUUGAUGUUCCAGCCUUGACCAAACGUGACUAUAAACUGUCCUUUUUCACCUACAAGAUUGGUCAAUACAACACUAAGGUGACAUUUCGUAAUGAGGUAUCAGGAGAAUAUCUAUUUUACCUCAUCACUUUCAAGGCCACAUCUUCUCAGGUUCAGUCCACGAUAGAGCUGGUGACUCCUGUCCGUCAGCCAGUCUCAGCCACAGUGCACAUAGAGAACCCUCUCCCCACAAAUGUCUGUCUUACUACUGAGUGCAAAUGCUCUGAUAUCAGUCUGCCACUCCAGCACACUGUCCCUGGACACUCCAAAGAUCCACUGAGCUUUGAGUACCUGCCCUUACAAGCUGGGAAGACCACAGCGGUGCUAAGUCUGAGCAGUAAUGAAUUAGGAUAUUUUUACUAUGACCUACUCCUUCAAGCUUUGCCUCCACCAAUGGAGAAAACUGUCCACUUUACUGCAUCUCUCGGUACCAGUCACUCAGUCAGUGUCAAGUUUACCAACUUUUCUCGCACCAAGGCUGAAUACUCUUGCAAGACUGACUGCCCAGAUUUCCUUGUUGACAAGAGUGUGACUGCAGUGGCGGGGUUCCAGGCAGGCUCUGAGGCCAGUGUAAAGGUGUGCUUCGAGCCUCACCAGCUGGGUGAUGUGAGAGCUCAGCUGACACUGUCCUCUCCUGCUGGAGGUGAAUACAUCUUCCCUUUGCAUGGAGUGUGCCAGGCACCCAAACCUCAAGGGCCAUUCAGCAUCAGUGUGGGACGAACAUUGACUAUCCCCUUCAAAAAUGUGUUUUUGCAAAACACUGCAUUUUCAUAUCAGGUAAACAACCCAUCAUUUACAGUUAAAGGAGCAGAGACAAUAAACUCCAAAAAGACACAGAAUGUGCUGGUGUCCUUUGAACCUCCUCAAGGAGGUGGUUCUGGGCCCUGGUUUGGCAAACUGACCAUUUUCAAUCAGCCUUCAGAUGCCCAUGCCAAAUCCUGCUUCUGGGUCUUCUAUCUGGAAGGAUGCAGGCCGGUUUCUUAG